GUAUCAAAGACACUUGUUAGGCUGAAUGCGCUUGUGACUGCACCUUUUUCCCUCCGACUUCUUAGCCGUCACCUGCACUGCUACCGUACUCAGGUAUCUAACUAACUAUCUAUUGGGCAAAUGACGACCACACCGUCCGAUACGAAGCGCCUGCAUAUCACCCCAUUCACCCCAGACCUCCUACCGGCAGUGCUCCCCGCAUCGAUCAAAGCCCUAGCUACGGAAAUCUCCUUCCAUUGCAUUCCAACCUUCCCCGAAAAUAAUUACGGCUACGUGACCCUGCCAACCAUGGAAGCCGACAAAAUAAAAAAGAAGCUCAACGGUUCCAUUCUCAAGGGCAAGAAGUUCAAGGUCGAUACCGCUCGCCCGAAGAAAAGGUCAAGGGAUGAAGACGAAGUCGACACUGCUCCCCAAAAGUCAUCAUCCGAGAGGAAGUCCUCGAAGAAAUUCAAGAAGCUGAAAGCGGGCGAGGAAGUUCUGGAUGGCUAUGAGCUCCCGACGGAUCGCCAAGUAAAGAGGGGCUGGACCGAGUCGGCAGAUUCGAAGCAGGAAAGGCGCAAGGAAGAGAAAAAGAAGAAGAAAAGUAAAGACGAAAAGUCCGCAAAGUCGCAGGCCAAAUCCAAGUACACCGAAAAGGCCGAAUGUCUAUUCCGCACAAAACUACCACCCAAUAAGACCUCCGCCGACGAGGCCACAGAGACAAAGGCCAAGAAGAAGAGCAAGAAAUCCGCGCAGGAAACGGUUGUUCACGAGUUCUCCAAGACCGUUACGCAUCCGAGUUUCCUACGUUCUGGGGAUGAGCAAUCAGCCCCCACAGUUGGAUUUGAAGAGGGUAAAGGCUGGGUAGAUGAGGCAGGGAAUGUGAAAGAGACGGCCAGCGAUCGGAUAAGAAGUGAUAAGUAUAGGCCAGGACAGGUACCCGGAGCCAAGGAGAAGCGAAAGGCCGCAAAGAUUGUGAAGGAUGAAGUUGCCUCUCCCAAGAAGGCCACAAGUCAAAAAACAAAGGCUGUCGAGGAAGUCAAGUCUGAUGAGGAGUCGGAAGACUGGACCUCGUCUAGUGGAGAGAGUUCUUCCGAUGAAGAUUCUACAGAUUCUGAAAGCGAUCAGGAGUCGACUGAUUCAUCGGCUGAGUCGAAUGAUUCAUCCAGCAGCGACGAUGAUACAUCGGUUCGGUCAAAAAAGCGCGAGCAAGAGAAAGUAGUUUCCGAAUCAAAACCCGCCGUGGAUCAAACUGCUUCGUCAGCCGUGGAUGAUAACCCACCGCCCCCACAAACUGUCCACCCACUGGAAGCGCUUUUCAAGAGACCCCCGCCGGGUGCCCCUGAGGCGAAGCCUGAGACAGAGGGGCAUGCGCCGUUCAGCUUCUUUGCGCAAGAUGAUAUAGAAUCGGAAGAAGAGGUAGAAGAUAAGCCGACCGAACCGCAUACGCCGUUCACCAAGAGAGAUCUACAAGACCGAGGAUUAAGAAGCGCUGCCCCGACCCCCGACACGGCUUUGAUAGGUCGGGGAAUUAACUGGAAGACCACGGGACGGCCUGAUCCUAUGGACAUAGAUGAUGAGACGCACCUGAAUACUCCAGUUCCCAAACCCGCACCUGGGCCGAAGGAAGACUCGGAAUUUACCAAAUGGUUCUGGGAAAAUCGGGGUGAUAACAAUCGCGCUUGGAAGAGGAGACGACGUGAGGCUGCUAAGGAGCAAAGGCAGAGAGAAAACCGCAGCAAGGGGAUGAAAGGAAAGUCUUAGAAGAUG